AUGAGCUUUGUAGAACAUUUGCUGGAUCUAGUAGUUUAUCUGUUUUUUUCGAAAUCUUCAAUCACUGUCUUCUGCGAGAUUAAUCUCUCGUCCUUCAUAAUGUGGGAAUGUGUUAUCAACAGUAAUUUGGGAGCAUUGAAAAAAAUGCUGAAAUGUGGAGUCGAUCCCAAUAUCACUGAUGAGAAUGGGGAACCUCUGAUUUUUACCAUUAUUGUUAAUGGAGAUUUGGAAUUACUGAAGAUGUUGUUGGUUUACUGUGAUGUCAACAUUGAAAACAAAGAUGGAAGAUCUGCUCUGAUGCUGGCUAUUGAAAUGGACGAUGUGGAAAUGAUCAAAGCAUUGAUCAAAGCAGGGGCUCGAGUGAACAAGAGUGAUAAUUCCGGUAAAACCCCCUUGUUAUUGGCUUUGGAGGAAGGAAAAUUCAGAAUCGCUGAAUACCUUAUCAAACAUGGAAGUGACGUGAAUGAAAUGGAUUGUCUUGGUCAAACAGCCCUACAUCUCGUUGCUAUGGGGGAACACAAUGACUGUACGAAAAUCGUUAAAAUCCUGUUUCACUGCGGAUACGUGAUGAAAGAGGCAGAUAAGUGGAUAUGUCUUGAGGAUCUGAUAGGCAAUAAACGUCUUCAGUCUAAAGACGCAAAACUGCUUCACAAAAUCAAAACAUUUUGGAAGAGUUUCGUACGGGAAUACAAUGUGAUACCAAGAGAGUCUUGAAACGUCUGCCACACAUUUAUUUUCUGCACCUCUGCAGAUACUCUUAAAUAUAGAUGAAGAUUGACUGAGAUUAGAAAGCAAUGGGGACUUGCUCUAAUUAGAAGUCGAUGAUAUCCUCUUGUAAGAAGAAGUCGAUGAGAACCAACUAUCACAUGAAGUCGAUGGGAACUGGCUGUGAAUAAGCAUACAAUCUCAUGAAGAAAUUUCGAAGGAGCGUUUUGCAUGAGGUCGCCAACAACUUGGCCAACAGAAAAUUUGUAGUCUGGUAUACAAAUCAUAAUCACUAAACGCCUCGUCUGUUGUAUAGAGAAAGGAUUCAAAAAGACGGUUAAAUAGCUAUGUCAGAAAUAGCCGUUAUCACACUAAUUACUCGGGGACAGUUUGAUGAGGAGAGGAAAUGCGUCGUUCCGGAUAACAUCCGAUGCAAUAAGAAUUUGUUUUUGUUUAUUGCAUAUUGAUUAGUAUAGGAUUCUGGAAGCAUAAUAGAAGUAUUUUACAACCAUUUAGUUCUAUUCAAUGCAGAAUCGAUGUAGUAUGACUAAUAAAGCAAU